AUGGAAACCUCCGGCAGGAGCGUGUACGAACAGGAGGUUGAUCAGUCCAAUGAUCCUCCAGGAUCUGUCCCCCAGCCGCUCUACGACCCUUAUUUUUCAGCCAACGAAAAGGUUAUCCAGGAUUUGCUGCUCGAUGAAAGAAGGUAUCACAGUACACCAGGAUAUUGCUUCAGACAGCCCAGAGCGACGGCAAAAUGGAUGCGUAGAACAUUGCUCAAUUGGUUACGUGAUAUUUACCGACAUCGAAAUGCCGAUGCUGGUGUCUUGUCUCACGCUGCUCAACUGACCGAUAGGUAUUUGCAUGUCGUUCCCACUGAUCGGCACGAAUACCAACUGGUUGGUGGAACAUGCUAUCUUGUGGCGAGCAAAUUGAAUGAUGCCCUGCCGGCCACUGCAGUCGACAUGGCCCACUAUAUGGCGGAUUCGGCGAAGCCAGGGGAUAUACGCGCAAAGGAGAUGACCAUUUGCAUUGCACUUCAGUGGGAUCUCACAUGUAUUACCCCCGUUGACUUCGUCGCACCGGUUAUUGAAUUCCUGGAAUUUGCACCCAGUUUAAAAAAAAUUAUCCGUCAACGCGCUCUUAAUACUUACGUCAAAGCCUUCCAUGGUAAGCCGUUAGUUCAGAAUUUUUACAUCGAGAACGUUCACGAUAUUUGUCGACCAGAAACUCCAAGGCGUUUAUUUAAUCUUCCACUAACCCUGAUGAAAUUAACUUUAGGAUUGAGAUUUAUUUAUCAACGCCAGGAGUGCAGUUUACUCCAGUUCGUGACUCCCUUGAAUCACAAUUAUCACGUCCUGUUUUUGAUUUGA